AGGGAGAGGCUGAUACAACUGCAGAUAAAGUGCGUAAAGUCAUUAUAGCACUUUAUAGGUUAUAAUAGGGACAUGUUAUGACACUGAUUACUGCUGCCCUAGUUUUUCUUGCUGUCGUCAGGAGCAAUGCUUUCGAGUUUUGGGAUCCUGCUGAAGAAUACCCUGGCCUGAAUAACUACUUUGACAAUGAUUUCAUUGGCAGUAGUUUUUCUGACCUGCAAAAAGAUUAUCCCAACUUAGUGAAGAUCUCAUCUCUUGGAAAGACACCGGGGGAAAAUGAAAUGCAUGAGAUAACGAUUACAAGUGACGUAUCUUCUUGGCAGACAGCCAACAAGCCUAGUGUUAAGUAUGUCGCAAACAUGCAUGGUAAUGAAAUACGUGGCCGAGGUUUACUUAUGAAGCUAGCUUACUUCUUGUCAACACAAUAUGACUCUGAUCAAGAUGUGAGGGAUAUUUUGGACGCUACUGUCUUUCAUCUGAUCCCAACCAUUAACCCUGACGGUUUUGAUGAAGCCUAUCCGAGUUGUUCCGGUGUUAGGGGCAGAUACACGAGUGAUGGUACCGAUAUGAACAGGGACUUCCCAUCGCAUUGGUUUAGUGGCGUACGUGUCAAGACCUGCCGAGGAAACGCAAAUGAUUAAGGAUUACGCUAAGAAAGUGCCCGCUGUGAUGGGCAUCAGUUUUCACGACGGAGCGCUGGUAACAAACUAUCCUUGGGACGGAGUACCGGACAUUAAUUCUGGAAUAUAUGCAGCUUCACCCGACGACUCUCUCUUUAUUAGCAUGGCCAAGACGUACUCCCUUAAUCACAAACAAAUGUACAAACCCUCGGCGCAGUGCGGUCACGACGAUUUUAAGGACGGUAUAACCAACGGGAACAAGUGGUACAAGGUUUACAACGGAAUGCAGGAUUGGAACUACUUUUACAACGACUGCUUUGAAGUUACUAUUGAACUGGGUUGUUGCAAAUACCCAACCGACGCUGCCUCAACAUACAGCAAUGUUUGGUCGGAUAAUUUCGACAGUAUAUUGGCCUUCAGCAAGCUCGCAAACUACGGUAUCAAGGGUCGAGUCACAGACUUCAAGGGAAGCCCUAUGACAGGUGUGACUAUAACGGUAUCUGGGGUAAGUAAGACCAUCAAAGUGAGGCACCCGGAGGGGUAUUUCUGGAGACCACUUCUAAAAGGAACGUACAACAUCUCCGCGUCUAAACCCGGCUACUACCCUCUCAGCCGCAGGAAUAUUGAGGUGAUGGAGAACGAGUCGACGGUGGUGCCUUUUAUCCUGAUAGCUAAAAACCCAUCACAAGGACAUUUCCGUGACGAAGCAAGAAAGGAAAAUAACACGAAUGAACAAAAUUCGUCCGUUGAGGAUGAAAAUACCGAAAGAGAGGACGAAAAUGAAAAUGUUGAGGACAAUGAAAGUAUAGACAAAUCUAAGAAUAUGGACGGAAAUAAAGAUGUAGACGAAAAUGAUAGUGUGGACGAUAGCGAAAAUGUUGACUACAAUGAUAUCGGAGACGGUACUGGAAAUGGUAGUGCUAGGAUAGGAGAGGGCCCUGAAGAGAAGGUCCUGGAGGGGAGCCUGAGUUUGCUGUUGAUCCUACAGAUUUUCCUCCGGAUAUAGUUGACUUAAAAGGUGAAGAAACAGACGGAACAGAAAAUGAAAACCAGAUGUCUGUGUGGACGGAUCUACCCCCACCAGCUGUAAGAAGUAAAUUCACUCGGCCCCACUCCUUCUCCCUACCUCUCACCACCACCUCCUCUCCCUUCUCCCCUAGUAACCUCUACUCUAGUCCCUUCACCACUGUUAUUAUUGACACUGUUCUACGAAAUGUAAGGAUCAUCCUUCAUCUG